GCCGCGCCGGCCAGGGCGGGGAGCGCGCGCCGCUGCGGCACUGCCGGUCCCGGCGGCGGCUGGUGGCGGCGCGGCCUGCGCGCGCCUCCCGGGCGGAUUCCGGCCCCAAGCGCGGGAGCGCGACGGGGAGCGAAGAGACUCAUCUCUGAUUAAGCAGACAGUCGAGGACACAGGGUCUGAGAAUGAACGUUCAUCGUGGCAGUGACGGAGACAGGUUGUUGCGGCCAGAGGCCAGCUGCCUAGUGGAUGAUACCUUAGCUGCAGCUCAAGAAAAAGAAACAAAUAGCCUGGCUUCACCUGGUCUUCAUAAUCUUACCUAUCCCCUAGGUCCCAGGAAUGAAGACCUUUCACUUGAUUAUGCCUCUCAGCCAGCAAAUCUUCCUUUUCCUCACAUAAUGCCGCUUCCCGAAGACAUUAAAGGCUCUUGCUUCCAAAGUGGGAAUAAACGGAACCAUGAACCCUUUAUUGCUCCAGAAAGAUUUGGAAACAGCAGUAUGAGCUUUGGCAGUAACUCUCAUUCCCAGGCACCAGAGAAAGUGACCCUUCUUGUAGAUGGCACACGUUUUGUUGUGAAUCCACAAAUUUUCACUGCUCAUCCGGAUACCAUGUUGGGAAGGAUGUUUGGACCAGGAAGAGAGUACAACUUCACUCGGCCCAAUGAGAAGGGAGAGUAUGAGAUUGCUGAAGGAAUCAGUGCAACUGUAUUUCGCACAGUGCUGGAUUAUUACAAAACUGGUAUCAUCAAUUGUCCUGAUGGCAUCUCUAUUCCAGACCUUAGAGAUACAUGCGAUUAUCUCUGCAUUAACUUUGACUUCAACACCAUCCGAUGUCAAGAUCUGAGUGCUUUGCUGCAUGAACUGUCUAAUGAUGGUGCUCACAAGCAGUUUGAUCACUACCUCGAAGAAUUGAUUCUGCCUAUCAUGGUGGGCUGUGCCAAGAAAGGGGAGCGAGAGUGCCACAUUGUCGUGCUGACAGAUGAAGAUUCUGUGGACUGGGAUGAAGACCACCCUCCACCCAUGGGGGAAGAAUAUUCCCAAAUUCUUUAUAGUUCCAAGCUCUACAGAUUCUUCAAAUAUAUUGAAAAUCGAGAUGUUGCUAAGACAGUGUUAAAGGAACGGGGACUGAAAAACAUUCGCAUUGGAAUUGAAGGUUACCCUACCUGUAAAGAAAAAAUUAAGAGAAGACCCGGCGGUCGGUCUGAAGUUAUCUAUAAUUAUGUGCAGCGUCCUUUUAUCCAGAUGUCAUGGGAAAAGGAAGAAGGAAAGAGUCGUCAUGUGGAUUUCCAGUGUGUUCGAAGCAAAUCCCUCACUAAUCUGGUAGCUGCUGGGGAGGAUGUCUUGGAGGACCAGGAGAUAUUAAUGCACCACCCACCCCAAGUGGAUGAACUUGACCGGCUAAAUGCCCCACUUUCUCAGAUGGCUUCUAAUGACUUUCAAGAUUAGGCCUGCUGUGAGUCCACCCCUCACCACUGCUCUUCUCUGUCUGGGAUGCCCUCAGCUAGGCCUUCCUGUCCUCCCCAUUGUCUUUCUCACCCUGAGUAGGAGACAUGCUUUUCCCCCAUUAUUUCAUUGGCCCCAUAAUUAACAUGUCCUUUUCAGUAAGUCUGUGCCUCUGGCAAGGAAUGAAGAAUCACGCUUUGGUAAUUAGGCCACCAGUUUUGCAGCAGCCCUGGUAACUUGAAAAUUUUUGGUCUGGUGCUGUUCACUGAAUUUCUGCAUAACUGCAAAAGGAGGAAAGGAAGUCAAGACCUGUUGCCUCAUAUUAAGCAAAGCAGCCCUGUCCUUUGUGCUCUGUGGUUUUUGUUUGUUCUGUUUUAUAUUAGGUAAACUGCUUAGCAACAAAGGGACCAAACUUAAAAGGAGACAAUCUCUUACAUUGUAAAAGCAGGCACUAGUGAGACGCUCACUCGAGAUUAAUGAAAUGCCAUUCCUGGGCCGUUUACACCCAGAUUGCAUCUAGGAAGAACUAGGCUCACUCAGAAUGUCCAAAAGGAAAUUCUUAAGAGCUGAAGUUCAGUUUCGAUUCUUACUAAUGCAAUGAACAAUCCAAAGCCACACAGAGAGGUUCUUUGGCAGAAAGAAGAGCAAUGACAACAGUGUGUAAAAAACCUUUUUAGCUUAUGAACCUAGACAAAUAGAUGAUUCAUUUGGAAUGAAACUCAUAAGUCAAAUAGCACCUCUCCAAAUCAGGCCAAUCAGAUUAUCCUGGAUUGGAUUCUGGUGUGAAGUCACAGGUCUGGACACCCUAGGGCAGCCCUUUGCUACCUGAGAUAUGGCAUAAAGGCCUUCAAGAUGAGGCCAGAAGUUUCUCUUAAGUGCUCAGUAUCUUUUUAUGUGUGUUUGGGACUAGGAACCUAGAAGCACUCUACCACUGAGCUUGUAUCUCCAGUCCUUUCUUUUUUUAAGUUUUACUUUGAGACAAAGUAUCACUAAAUUGCUGAAACUGGCUUUGAACUUGGGAAUCCUCCUGCCUCAGCCUCCUGAGUCACUGGGAUUAUAGGCAUGUGUCACUUCUCCUGCAGUGCUCAGUAUCAUAAUAGAAAGAUUUAUAAGCUCUCCAGAGAGAAGGCAUUUGUGAUAAAGCUGAGUGGGAAAACUCAUGGGCAGGAUUUUUCUAAAUUUGUUUUUAUACAAUAGUUCAGUUUUUUAAUAACCCAUUAUCUGCUCACACACUGAGUAAGAAAAUGAUACUUCCCAGUGGAAGGCAAGUCAGGUCCAGGCCUGGCUGCUUUGUUGGAUUUCUCAGCUCUGUUAACAGUGCAUGGUGGAUGACAAUACACAUUGCUGUCCCCGUUCCCCACCUGCUUCCAAUGCUUCUAUGGCUAGUAACAGCAGGGCUAAAUUCAAGAGUCCAGCACCAGAUGGAAAUGCUUUGGGAUUAUAUUACGCUUUCUGAUAGAAGUUGACUGGAGUUUCCCACCCUGGACAUUUAUCCAUUACAUUGUGAACAGGGGCUGGGGAGAAAGCUCAGCUGGUAGAGCGCUUGCCUCACAAACUCAAGGCCCUGAGUUCGAUCCCCAGUACUGCCCCCCCCCAAAAAAAAAAAAAAAAAAACAUUGUGAACAGGCAGUUUCCUUCAGGUCCUUUAAGGUAAGAACAUGACUCAUUUUCUUAAAUUCCAUUCCCACUGGGCACCAUAGAGCAGGCUCCUCAAUUCCAUUUUGACUGCCCGAGUCACAGUCCCCCACACACCAAGUCGGGUGUUGAACUUGCCUGUUUCUGGGAUUGAAGAACAAGAAUGUUCUUAAGUGAGCAGCUUCACAGUGGGAACCAGUGCUGUUUCUCACUUGGAGAAAGAGGGGUUAAGCUGAGCCCUCUCUCACCUGGAGUUCUAAUAACCAAUGGUGUCUAUUUUUGCAAGACCAACGAUCAGGGAUAAGGUAAGGUUAGGGUUAUUUGUAGUCAGAAAUUAGUAUUUCUGUGAAACUAAUUGGCUCAUAUUUGAAGUCACCUUACCAGCACUACAUGCAUAUCCACUAGUAGCUGAGCAGCUCAGAUAGCGUUGAACGGUGCUUCCCAGCAGACUUAGAGGCCAUCGCAAAGGAAAUCGGAAUUACCUGACGUUUGUGUAUUUGUGAUACAGCUUCUCCUCUUACAGCUUAUGUCUUUUGAGUGUAAAUGUGCCAUCUACUUAGACCGUGCUUAGGUAAAAAAGGUCAUCAAAGUAUGGUAUGUACUUGACGCUUUGUUCUGUGUUAUUAAUUCCCUCAAGGUUUCAAGAGUUGGAUCGCUCCACUCCCAGCAUUGUAGGUUAACAUGCAUUUGGCCCCAAGCAGUGGGGUUUGAGGAAGUGGAAAUCUGUGAAGAUUAACCUACUAGUGUCCCCGGUGGUGGUGAUUAAGGGAAAAACUGGGACCGUAGCUCCCUUCUGGUGGAGGGGGAGGUUUUUUCCUGCAUCCCUCCCAAUCCCAACCUGGACCUCAGCAUCACUGUAAUUUGGUGGUUCCUCUUAGCUGUGCCUGCUGUAUUCCCAGGGUUGGGACAUUCUGCGGUGGCAGGACUUCUCAGUCCUCACAGGAACAAGGACUGGGUUGCUAUCAUCCCCUUGAGUCACUUACUGGCCAGUCAGGCAGGAGGUUUUCUCUGUAAUAAAAAAGGUGGAACUUAGGUUUAGUGUCCUUUCUAAGUGCCUCAAUAAGUAAGCCAGGCUGUUUAUACAGGAACAUUUUCGUAAGAAAAAUGGUUUGACCCACAGUAUCAGAGUAUCGCAGCAAGCCGAGAUGAGCCUGGAUCUAGGUUUAGACUCUGGGGUUCGCGCCUGCAUCAUACCUUGUGUAGCUGUGAGAAAGCAUUAGCCACUGGAGCAGGAGCAAGGAGGUGACGUUACAAUGUGUCCUGUCCAAGGAUUUCGUGGUUUCUCCAAAGUGGAGUAAGUGUUGGAGUGACAGAAAAAGGGGUAAGGAAGACAGAGCAGCUGGGUUUACUGCACAGUGUCCAAUGGCUAGAAUUAUCUAAGAUUAAAUCUUGAGGACAGUGUGAGAUCUAUGAAAAUACUGUGGAAUAGGCCCAGGGAGAAAUAGAUCUAUUUUCAAAUAGUGUUAUGAAGUGUUUGUCAUUAAAACAAAUAUUCAGAGCACAGGCUUUAACUCAAACUCUCAUAAAGUGUGAUAUGAAGUCCUUAAAAAUCAAGUUGAAAAUCAAGGAUUUUUAAGUAAUACAUUCAUCCAAUGCCACUUCUUGCCAUCAUUUUGAAACUCUUAAAAUGGGCAUAGUGAGCUCAGAGCAAACCUGAUGCUUUUGUGGGAGAUGGAGCCCCAUUUGUGUUCUGGAUGGGAUCACCUCUGUGGGAGAAUUACACUUUCUCCUAAAGGCAAAAUGCUUGUAGGUUUUGCCUCUUUACUUUGUAUUUACUUUUAAAGUUGCACUUGUUCACCUACCAGUGUUUACAAAAUCGUAUAUUUGGGAUGCUUUUUCUAUAAUAAAAUAUUAUCAUUUGUG